AUGUUGGACGAGAAAGCAAUCUUCGAUGCAGCAAAGGACGGCGCCCAGAAAUUGGGGAAAGCCGUGAUGCCCAUUCUCCAGGACAGCGCGAAGCUCCUGUUCGGGCUGAAGAAGGAGCUGGAGAAUCUCAAUUACACGAUCCGAUCCAUCGAGGCGGUGGUGAAGGACGCCGAGCAGAAGCAGAAGCCGCUGAGCAACCAGGACCGGGACUGGGUGGAGAAGCUCUCGGGUGUGAUGAAGGAAGGCUUUGACCUGCUCCGCUCUUACUGGGAGAGGUCCCAGAAGCAGGCCGCCAUCAUCAACGGGGAUUACUUCAAUUGCGUCAAUUUGGCCAACUACGCCGUGUCUUAUCCGUACCAUCUGUGGGCUGAUUUUCGGACGGCCGGCAAGAUCAAGGAUAUUAGGGAGCGGCUCGAUGCUUGUGCCAAGGAUCGGAGGAUGUUUCAGCUUCGAGUUUGA